AUCAAACGGGACUAGAGCAGCGAGUGUCCAAUAAGACACCUAAGAAGUUGGCGGCAGCCAAUGUCCGACAGCCGGAGCUGAAUACACCGGAUAAACAGAGGAAUUCUCGGAGGGAAAAGAUCGCGCGCUCCCUGUGCUUCUCGUCCCAUUGUUUGAGAGGCACAACCGAUCGUAAGACAAGAUGGUGAAGGAUCCAAAAAAGCCCCGGGGCAAAAUGUCCUCAUACGCCUACUUUGUGCAAACCUGCCGAGAGGAGCAUAAAAAGAAGCAUCCUGAUGCCACUGUUAACUUUUCAGAGUUCUCCAAGAAAUGCUCUGAAAGAUGGAAGACCAUGUCACCAAAGGAAAAGGGAAAGUUUGAAGAUAUGGCUAAACAGGACAAGCUACGUUAUGAGAGGGAAAUGAAAAACUAUGUGCCUCCCAAGGGCCAGAAGAAGAAGCGAUUCAAGGACCCAAAUGCCCCUAAGAGACCACCGUCUGCAUUCUUUCUGUUCUGUGCCGACUUCCGCCCCAAGGUAAAGGGGGAACAUCCUGGACUUUCCAUCGGGGACACGGCUAAGAAGCUCGGAGAGAUGUGGAACGGCUCGUCUGCAGAAGAAAAACAGCCGUAUGAAAAGAAGGCUGCCAAGCUGAAAGAGAAAUAUGACAAGGAUAUUGUUUCAUACCGCACUAAGGGCAGAGUGGAUUCAGAACCUGCGGCUGCAGCCAACGACGAUGAGGAGGAAGACGAAGAGGAGGCAGACGAGGAAGAAGAGGAGGAGGAGGAAGAGGAUGAUGAGUAAAUCACGUAAAGAUGGGACAUAUCUUUUUGUUUAUGCCAUGUAAUCCUAAUGUACUCAGUUCGCCAUCUUGAAUCGCAAGUCAAAUGUGUAUAUUUAAUGUUUUUAUGAUGUACAGUGUUAAACUCCUUUUUUGUAAAGUUAACACUACAUAUCCUAAGUUUAAGAAUUUUCUAGUGGUAGUUCUGUAUUCCUGCCAUAUUAUAAAACUAUUUAGAAGGACUACACAUCAGUAUGGAAAUAAGUAGUCUUUAGGUGUUACAACUCAAAAAUAAAAUUGAUGAGUUGGUAGUGUA